CCUUUAGCACUUUAUAAAGCCCGUCCACAAACAUAAAAAGACACAAGCGUAGCGUAGGCUUGGUGUAGCCCUUCUCAGACCAGUCUCGAUCGCAUCCAAAGUCUUUUGACGUCGGUAGUCUUGAGCUAAAAACUCCAGCUCAUCAAUAUGGAUUUCAGAGCAUCUAUGGCUGUUGUUUUCAUAGUAAUAGUUGUGUUUUUCUCGUUUGCUGAUGGCAGGAGUGGGAGACGUUGCAAGUGCAGAUCAGUGACUCAUCCUCAAGAAUUCUUCUGCAGAUCAGACUAUGUGUUCCGCGGUAAGCUACUAUCAGGGCCAACACCUGUGUCUCUACCCGAACCCAAAACACCCAAGAGCACCUUCAGAAUCUGGGCUACUGAGCGCAAAGUCCUUCGCUACGUCUUUCAAGUCGAUGAAAUCCUCAAGGGACAAACUCAAAAUGGACUCGAGGGAAAAAUCGUUGGAGCAGGUUCUUAUAGGGAAAUCAAGUCUCCCUACAAGGUUAACGUCUACACAGAUCCACACAUUUGUACUGUAGAGUUAUCGUCCAAGACGCAUUACGUGGUGGGUGGAUACCUUGACGAGAGACGUAUGUUCGUAUCAUCGUGUGAUUGGGUCUCCAGAUGGAACUCUCUGAGCAGAGCACAGAAAGUAGGGUUCAGACAUCGCUAUGGGGGGACUAACUGCGAAUGCUAUGAGAGCUCCUGCAGUUAUUUGGACCCUGAGGGAGUGCUGUUGGAUAGCUACUGUCGUGAUAAACAUCUUUAUUGUGGUCGACAGGGACUUGGCUGCAACUGGAAACACGUCUUUGCAAGCCAUAUUCCUUACAAUAAGUGCGUUGUAAACAAUAUCCAUGGGCUUUUCUUUGAUUUUGCACAAAAUCGUAAAUAAUGUGCCUGGCAAAAACUUGACUUGAGAUUUGUAAAUAACAUCGCGAGCAUAUCAUCAUAUCGUAGAUAUAAUCUUUACCGUCGCGUGUCGUAAGCUUGUCGUAUCACUAAACAGUGAUCUGGUGAUUCGCGACUUAACUCCUUGACAGAAACAUCCUUAAUUAAUAUUGUAAGAAAUUCCAUUAAUCUCUGUAUAAUGUAUUUAGCUAAAGAAGCAUGGUUUUUCGCCAAGUCUUGGAGCCACACAGGUAGACAUGACGGAAUCGAACUCUCGCAACGACACAAUGGCUUGUUUGCCUUUAAAUAAACAUCUCUUUUCAAAGUA